CCCCCCUCUCCCCCCUCGGUUGGUGCGCCUCUCGCCAAACCCCACAGUUCUGGCCUGCCGUUUGUUUCGUUUGGGAGGCGUUCAUUGAUUUUCGUUCCCUUCCCUUUUCCUUUUUCCUCUUUGACUUUGUGACAUAUCAUCUGCCAAGGUGACCAUGUCUUCCUCAGCCGACGCCGAGGGCUCAGAGGAUGUCAAUGACUUCCUUCUUCGAAUCCGAGAACUCGGAGAGAAGCGCGACAAGGAAGACGAGGAACGUACCAGGAAGCUGGAAGAGGAGAUCCUGCAAGGUCGAAAGGAGAGGCAGGCUCGAAGAGCUGAGCGGGCACGAUCGAUAUCGCCGACAAAGGACUCUCCAUCUUUAUUAGAUAACGCUCGACUGAGCACGUCGUCGUUCGGUCUACGAGCCAUCGACCCCCCCGAGCAUCUUGAGCCAACCCCUCGAACUCCAGAUCGUGAUACCAGCAGCAAAUCGGAAGUGACCCGAGACGACGAACCGGUAACUACCAAUGGUAGCCGAAGAGGGUCGAGAGUGGAUAUAACCGAGUUCGAAGCCUCCCCGAAGGCCCCUUCAGCUUCCCUACGAAGCAGAGCCGGGACUUUGUCCUGGCAGCAACGGCCAUCGUCGCGGGAACUCAAUAGACCUUUCUUUUCUACUUCUCCCGUCCGUGAAAACCGUUCGAGAGCCAUGUCAAGCGCUUCGAAUAACGAUCGUGGAUUAUCGAGUAGCCCAACUGUGCGCUCGCCUACCACAAAGGAGGUUCCUUCAUUGGAUCAAGCAGACCAAAGUGCCAGCUCUCCAAUACCCAUAAAGGCGACAGAAGAAGUACAAGAACUGUCGACACAGGACAAGGGUCUUUUAGAGUCGGAAACAGAGCCGGAACAUACCCAUGAGCUAGAAAAGGAAUCUGGUCAAAUUGAUGUUGGAGAGAUACGGUCACGCUCACCCUCAAGAGCAAGCUCCACCUUCGCAGAUAGUAGCCUCGGCCAUCGAUAUUCAAGCGUAUCUUCUGUCUCAACAGCUACGGGACUUGGAUCUCCAGUGCCUUUGUCAAGUGCACAGAAGUUCGAACCCCGGAAAACUGAGGCAGGCUUAGAGGAUCAAAUGACGACGCCUCUUUCACCUAGGCGCCUCUCCCCAGAACGUUCUACUUCACCGACUAAGGGACUUGGAGGGUUUGUCCAAAGCGCUAUGAUGAAACGAUCUGAUAGUGUUUCAAAACGCUGGAGCGCUCAACUUCCAUCCGGACUGAGCCGGGGCCAUUCACUGGCUGGCAACCGGAACAGUUUCGCUGCACCGAGUAAUAACGAUCUUUUGUCCUCUCCUAGACUUACCCGUGAUAGCUCAGCUUUACCAACGUAUCGACCUAGCUCUAGCCAUAGCGAGGCAACGAUUGGCAAAGACAAUGAACGCCCAGCUACUCCGGUUUCUAACGGCAGUAGCAGUGUACGACCAGAUGGGAGCCCCGCGAGGCCACAAAUUGCACUCCAUACGAGGUCUGCCAGCACUUUGGAGAACAGUGACGCUGCUUCACUACAGCCCACUAGCCCUGUAGUCUCAAGGACUAUGGACCCUAAGCGAUGGAGUCCGACUAAAUCCACUUGGCUGGAGAGCGCUCUGAACCGUCCUGACUCCCCAAAACAUAAGAAGCAACCCUCACAAUCAACAACGUGGAGCAGAGAACGGCAAUCAAGGGGUGGUAGUAUCGAUAUGGGCCGGUCAAACACCUUCAAAGAAGUCACUCCUGUGGGACUAAUGCGGACUGCCGCCCCUGGCAGUCACUCAAAGACAUCGAGUGUUUCCGGAGUUCCGGAUUUGUUUGGUACGUCGGAAACAAUAAGCAAAGCAAAGGAAACUCCAGCGGAGCCCCCCACUCCUGGCAUUGAAGACAAUAACGCACCACCGGCCGAGAACAUUUCUGAAGACAAAAGCCCGGAAGACGCUCCUAAGGCAGCGGAGAUCGAACCAGAAAUCACGGAGCAGGCCGCCACCAGGCGCAAGCGUGCCCCGACUUUAUUGACACCAACCUCAAAUACGAGCUUUGAUUCUGCGCUCUCACCAACUAGGGUCUCACCUACCAGAGAUCCCUUGUUGAAUAGACCGAAACCCCAGUCCCCUGUGAUAGAUUUCCGAGCCAAUCUUCGAAAACGAGAAGUUGUCAAGGAUCAAGGAACUAAAGAAGAACCAGAGUUCAAAAAUGUUUUUGGAAAGCUGAAGAAAACAGAGUCAUCAAACUAUGUCCCACCGGAUGCGCUCAAAGAUAAUAUCCUGAGAGGGAAAGCAGCGUUGAAUACUACAGGAGGUCCGAAGAAAAGCCAGAAGGUUGAUGAAUUGAAAGAAAGUAUUUUAAAACAGCGAGAGGCAAUGAAAUCAAGCGGAGGCUCGUUACGGCGCAAUACUGCAGGAGAGAACGAUGCUCCCGCCAAAUUCAUUCCAGAAGCCAUUACGAAACGGCAAAACCUAACCAAGUCCAGCAGUGCCAAAAGCAACACGUCUGAUACACCCGCUUCGUUUUCUCCUAGAGAGCCCGGGACACCACAGCUUUCGCCCCAAUUUUCAUCAGAGCUGGAGAGUGUCAACCGUUCCCCUAGCCCGCCACCGGCAACGAAGGAACACAAUUCCGAUGUACCCGAUACCCAGGAUCAGAUACCUGAACCCGAUCCUUCUGUCAGCGGACAGAUGGAUCAAAACAAGCUGGAAAAAUUGGAGGGUGAUUUGGGGAAAGCUGUAGUUGAAGAAGAGCAGAAAAAAUCAAGUGAUGAGGCCAUCCAACCGGUGCGUGCUUUGCCAUCGGGGAAUGUCGUGCAGACCACAAGUGCGCCUGCUCCAGCUGAAGGUCUCGCUACUAAAGGUAAACUCGCAGGCCGAAUAAACCCUGCCUUAGCGGGCCUCUUGUCUCGCGGUCCUCCUGCGGCUAUGUAUGGGUCGACAAGUGCGGUGCCCAUCAAUGUUACCGAAUCAUCAACUCCGAAUCCUGCUGCCCCGCUCACACAUAUGACGAAAAGCCGUGCCAGGGGCCCAAAGAGACGUCUCCCGAACCCGGUGGCUUCAGAAGCCGUAGUUCCCGCAUCAAAGGAAGCAGCCGAAUCUCACGAGGACCCGGAACCUCCAAGUAUGGACGAGCCUAAGACCCUAGCCACAGACUUGGCACCGAAGGAAGGAUCGGGUUUUCAGGAGGCAUCCCCAUCUUCUGUAAUCAAGGAAAAGGAAGGCUUCACAAAGGACCUUUUACCGAAGGAAGAGACUACUACUCAGGAGCUUCCAACAUCCCUUGAAAUCGAGGCGAAGGAAGUCUCCAUGCUGGACAACGUACCAAAAGAAGAGAUUAUUUCUCCAGUGUCUGUUGCCCAGUCUUAUAACGAGGAAACAGCCCUCAGAAAUCCUACAUCGAAUAGAGAUACCAUUGCAUCCGAGAUAACAGUAUUCUCUGAAACUAAGGAUCCUGAGGCCAUGAGUUCUCCAUCGAAGGAAGAACCUGGCUCUCAAGAGAGUUUUCGAGCUUCCGAUAUUAAGGGGAACCAAUUCUCCAUGGCGGACCAUGUACCAAAAGGAGAAAUUCUUUCUCCAAUGACAAUCACUCACUCUGAUGACCAGGAAACAACUCUCAAAUAUCCUGUAUCGCAUAGAGAUACUUUAUUAUCCGGGAUAUCAAUGUUCUCUGAAGCCAAGGAUCCUGAGGCUGCAUCGAAGGAUGACACUGACUGUCAGCUGAUUCCAUCGUCCCCUACCAUCGAGGAACCUGUGCCAAUGGUCUCGAUAAAAGGUGAAAAGGCUGGUUCCCAGGAGAGUCCCCUGCUUUUAACUACCAUGAAACCAGAAGUCUCCGUAUCUGACACCGUACCUAAGAAAGAAACUAAUACUAAGGUAAAUCUACCUUCGGCUGAUACUAAGGAAUCUAAAGCAAGCCCGUCGGCUCCCCAAAGUCCUGCAGGCAAUUCUAGUGGCUGGCCGCUCCCUGACGGGGUAAUUACUACGCCCACCCCUUCAGAGGCAGCCUUGACCCAGCCUGUUCCAUCAAACACAGGCAAGCCAAUUGAGUUCAAAAGGAGCAUUCCUCGCAUGGUGGAGAGGGACUCUAGGCAGAAAUUUGGGACUCCCCAAUCUAAGCCAGUCACGGAAUUUGAGAAGCUCACCCAGAAAUCUGAAAGAACCUCUGAGGACCUAGAAAAGCGUCAAGGUUCUUUCAAACCAAUUCCUCCUCCGAAAGCAGCCCCAUCUACACCCGCGCCUGAGUUUAGGCAAUCUAGAAGUUCGCCGAUCCAUUUUUCGUCUCCAUCUCCGUCUCCUCUUAGGUCCAGCUUCAAGCAAAACCAAAUAUACCCUUCCCCGACUCCUUACCGAAGGACUGCUCCUGGCAUGUCGCCGUCAUCCCCACGGGAAAAGACUUUGCCUUCCCCUCCUGUUCCUCCCAAGACUAGCCCUUCUGUGGACCAAUUUUCGCCAAGAUCUUCUGCAUCAUUGGUACCUCAGACUGAUGAAUCGCUGGAAGCUAUUUCUAGCUUUUUCAAGACAUUCCCCAACCCGAGUGAUGGCGUGAACAUCGAUGCUCAAUUAAUGUUGACGAGCAAGAGCGAGAGUCAGAAAAUCAGGACCCUGCGGAAGCAAAUGUGGGAGAUCACAGGUGACGGGAAGAAACAAGAUCUUCCAGUCAACCAGGAGUACAUCCUCUAUGAAGGCAGCAUGUACCUCUGCGUGCAUCUAUUCGAAGCUGCCGGUAGCGCACGGUCAGAGGCCCAUCUUUGGUGUGGUGAUGAUGUACCCGAUGCAGCUGUAGACGACGCACAGUCCUUUUCGAAGAAGGUGGCCAAGGAGAACGGCUGCAAAUUGGAAAUCAUCAAGCAGGGAAAAGAAACGACACGCUUUAUCCAAGCUCUCGGUGGAAUUCUCAUAACCCGUAGAGGCCUCAGUUCUCGUUCCAGCUCCUCUGCCUUUUUCAUGCUCUGUGGAAGGAAACAUCUCGGGCAAAUGGUCUUCGACGAAGUAAAUUUCUCUCUGCAGAGCCUGUGCUCUGGCUAUCCAUUCGUAAUAUCCGCCAUGUUUGGCAAGGUGUAUUUGUGGAAAGGCAAAGGCAGUGCAGCUGAAGAGGUCGGAGCCGCUCGGUUGAUUGGCAUGGACCUUGGGUUGACCGGCGAGUUCGAAGAGGUCGCCGAAGGAGAAGAGCCAGAGAGCUUUUCUGAAUGUUUUCCACUGCGCGGUGGAUCGGGAGAUUACUGGCGCCCAGAUUAUUGGCGGUUAAAACCUAACCAUGCGUGUUACCAUCCGAGACUACUUCGUAUUGACCAUGAGCUCGGCCAGCGGUCAGCAGGCUUCUGGUUGCGACGGCCAGGAUCCGCGUCGCCAGUGAUCCGACCAAAUGACACUGUCCAAGAGAUCGAGCCUUUCUGCCAGAAGGACAUCAAGGCCAACGGAAUCUAUGUCCUCGACACUUUCUUCGAGAUCUACGUAAUUGUCAGCGAACAAGCGUCCAACCGACCAGCAGAGUUCGUAACGGCCAUGGUAUUCGCACACGAGUAUGGCAUCUUGGCCGCUUCACUCCAAGACCGGCCAUUUAUUCCUAAGAGUUUUGUGUCUCUCGGCGGCGUUCCGGAUGCUUGCAGCCCAGCGUUCCGCAAGUGGGAGCAGGCUUCCUUGCCCAUACCCCCACGUGUUUUUCCCUUGAAUGCAGCCAUUGAAGCCGUUCGUUCCUAAUUAGUCUUGUUAUUUUCGGUUUGUUUCUUGUUCACUUUUUUUCUUCUCUCUCACUCCUUGUUUUCUUGCCUAUAGAUACUUACAUCUGGAAUGUGCAUAUACUGGUGUCUGUACAGAGACUGUUUUCAACCGGCCAAUGGAUAGAACGGAAAGGUGGACAUGAGAAGCAUAAUCCAAGGAGCCUCGUGGGACCAAUUGUCUGUACAUUGUCAGGGGAGUUUUGGGAGCCACAUCAGGUACAUAUUGGUGAUUUCUUCUGCAUAUCUGGUUUUCUUCUGAUGUAUGAUACUUUAUGGCUCUGGAUAUGUACGUACAUAUCUAAACUUGCUGUACUUGGGCACAAAUGCAUGAAUUAUUCGGGGGAAAACUUGGUUUUGAUCAUGACACUAGUUGUUCUAUAGGUCAAUAUUCAUAUGAUCAUGCAAAUUCCC